CGACGUGGAGCCUGCCCCUCCGCGCGAAAAUGGUGCUCCACAGUGAUAUCGAUCUUCUCAACCCUCCAGCGGACCUGGAGAAGCAGAAGCAUAAGCGGAAGCGGCUUGUCCAGAGCCCGAACUCGUUCUUCAUGGACGUGAAGUGCCAGGGCUGCUUCAACAUCACCACCGUCUUCUCCCACAGUCAGACCGUUGUCAUGUGCGGGAGCUGCUCAUCUGUCCUGUGCACCCCAACCGGUGGCCGUGCCCGUCUUACCGAGGGCUGCUCUUUCCGCAAGAAGAGCGACUAAGCGGGACGCGUGGAGCGCUCGGGUUCAAUCGCCCGGACGGCCAAGCCUUCCUAGCCGGGCUGGCGGCUGGGGUGGCAGGCAGGUUGAGCAGUUCACCAGAUACAUGGCAACUUUUCGCUGGAGCUGCUGCCCAGCGCCAGCAUGAACGACAGGACCAGCAGAUGCAGGCCCUUCAAUGCCGAGGCGCCCUUGGAUGAUUCGAGUGCCUCCCCGCGCAGGCCACAGCGUUGUAGCUGGUGUGCACGCAUUUGUUGUGCAUGACUGUUGAGCCGCCGAAGUGGUUCGCUGUUGACUGUGUCUGCGUGUAACGGAAGCUCAGUUACAUCAGUUUCUAUGCCUUCGCACAAUGUUGCUUACGCUGAGAUAACAAAAUUUGUUCCAGGCAGCCGCAUGUGUAUGUAUAAUGUACAGGUAUAAUUACACUGUUUUAGCCAAAAAAAAGUUCACCCUGCGUAAGCUGGCCGAGCAACGAUGUAGUAUGAUGUACCGAAAUGCCAGCGGGUGACCUUCUCCACCUGCAGCCCUGCCUGACCGGACGAAGGGUUGGGGAGUGUGCGCAGGGGGAUUUUUCAACAUUUCCUGGGAUAGUCGCUAAACCUUAUUCAUGGCCACCCCAAAAUUAGUAAAACAGACGGCAGGAAAUCAUUACUAGGAAUCAAAACACUCAUGUACGGAUGGUAUCUAUCAUUUUUACCUGUUCCACCAGAAAGAGAAUAUCUUUGUUCCAUAAGCAUCCCCACUUCCGCUCAUGAUCACUUGCGGAUGCAUCGAGUUUUUUGUUGAGCCACUUGUAAUGCGAGCGGCC